CUCCCCCGGUUCAGUAGCGGUUCGAUCCCCGCGACUCCGAAUCACAUCGGAGAUCAAAACCAUCUCCUCCUCCUCCCCUCCCAGAUCUACUCCCUUCUUCUUCCUCCUCCUCGUCCUCGUCCUCCCCCAAAAAUCGAGAUCGAGAUUGAGAUCGACGAAGAUGUACAUGGCCUACGGGUGGCCGCAGGUGAUCCCCCUCGAUCCCGGCCUCUGCGCCCCCGCCGCCGCCUCAGCCGCCGCCGACCGGGUCGUCUUCUUGAAGGCCACCAACCGCCUCCUCCUCGUCGUCGCCCCCACGCGCCUCGAGCUAUGGAGCGCCUCCCAGCAUAAGGUUCGGUUGGGGAAAUACGCGAGGGACGCGGACUCGGUGCAGCGGGAGGGCGAGAACUCGCAGGCCGUGUGGAGCGCCGACACCAAGACGAUCGCCGUUCUCACUUCUUCAUCUUAUCUCCAUAUAUACAAGGUCCAUAUCUCUGGAAAGAGACUGAUUAUAGGAGGCAAGCAACUUCCUGGGCUCUUUCUCACUAAUAUUUCCCUAGUUAUAAUUGAGAAGGCGCCCUUUUCCGAGGAAAACUUUGUAACGAGCAACUUUGUGUGUGACAGCAAAAACAUGCUUAUAGGACUUUCUAAUGGGAAGCUACAGCUUCUGUCCUGGAACGGGGAGUUCUCUGGCAGCUUCGAUCUUUGUUGUGACACGAGUGCCUCUGAGAAUGUGAAUCCAUUGCAGCAUUCUUCAGCACCUGAGACUUCUAAUCAUUGCUGCCCACAUAGUUCUGCAGUCAUCCAACUCGAGUUAUCAAUGCAAUUGAGGUUGCUGGUGGUUUUGUAUUCUGGCUGUCAGAUUGCAUUGUGCUCGAUUAGCAAAAAGGGUCUAAAGCAAACAAAUAGUAUUAAAGUUGAAAGAUUCUUAAACACAGAUGAUGCUAUGUGUGCUUCUAUAGCUUCAGAUCAGCAGAUUCUUGCUGUUGGUUGUAGCAGAGGUGUCAUUGAACUGUAUGACCUUGCUGAAAAUGUGCGGCAUCUUCGGACAAUAUCUUUGUAUGAUUGGGGGUACUCCAUGGAAGAUACUGGACCUGUUACCUGUAUUUCUUGGACACCUGACAAUUGUGCUUUUGCUGUUGGUUGGAAAUUUAGAGGACUUGCUGUUUGGUCUGCAUCAGGAUGCCGUUUAAUGUGCACAAUACGUCAAAUUGGAAUGAGUUCUGCUUCAUCCCCAGUGGUGAGACCUAAUUCAGAUUUGAAAUUUGAGCCUCUUAUGAGUGGAACCUCACUGGUGCAAUGGGAUGAAUAUGGGUAUAAGCUGUUUGCUGUUGAAGAAGGCUCAUCAGAGAGGAUUAUUGCCUUCUCAUUUGGCAAAUGCUGUCUUAACAGAGGUCUUUCAGGAACAACAUAUGCUCGGCAAAUUAUUUAUGGUGAUGACAGGGUUCUCUUAGUGCAGCCUGAUGAUACAGAUGAACUCAAGAUGUUGCAUCUCAAUCUUCCGGUCUCAUAUAUUUCGCAAAAUUGGCCAGUUUUACAUGUAGUGGCUAGUAAAGAUGGUAUGUAUUUAGCAGUCGCAGGUCUUCAUGGGCUCAUCCUCUAUGACUUGCGCUCCAAGAGAUGGCGUGUAUUUGGAGAUGUUACUCAAGAACAGAAAAUUGAGUGCAAAGGGUUGUUGUGGCUAGGAAAAAUUAUUGUUGUGUGCAACUACAUCAAUUCUUCAGACACGUAUGAGUUAUUAUUUUUUCCAAGAUAUCAUCUUGAUCAUAGCUCCCUACUUCUUCGCAAGACACUACUUGGGAAACCUAUGGUCAUGGAUGUCUUCCAAGAUUAUAUACUUGUUGCUUAUCGUCCAUUUGAUACUCAUAUAUUUCAUGUGAAAAUUUCGGGCGAAUUAUCACCUUCAACUACUCCCAUUUUACAGCUUUCUACAGUACGAGAGCUUUCAAUUAUGAGUGCAAAGAGCCCUCCUGCAUCAAUGCGUUUCAUUCCAAAUCUGGUACCUGAAGGGACUAUGAAGAUAGUUCAGCAGCCAUCUAGAUGCUUGAUAUUAAGGACAAAUGGGGAGCUUUCAGUGCUUGACUUGGAUGAUGGACAUGAACAAGUACUUACUAACUCAGUCGAGCUAUUCUGGGUUACGUGUGGGCACUCAGAGGAGAAGGCAAAUCUUAUUGAGGAAGUUUCCUGGCUAGACUAUGGUUACCGUGGAAUGCAGGUCUGGUAUCCAUCCCAUGGAGUUGAUCCUUUUAAACAAGAAGAUUUCUUGCAGUUGGAUCCAGAGCUGGAAUUUGAUCGUGAGGUUUAUCCUCUGGGUCUUCUUCCCAAUGUUGGGGUUGUUGUUGGUGUUUCUCAGAGAAUGUCGUUUACAGCCACAGAAUUUCCAUGUUUUGAGCCCACUCCUCAAGCUCAAACUAUAUUGCAUUGUUUAUUGCGACAUCUUCUUCAGAGGGACAAAAGGGAAGAAGCAUUGCGGCUGGCAUGCUUAUCAGCAGAGAAACCUCACUUUUCGCAUUGCUUAGAGUGGCUUUUAUUCACUGUAUUUGAUGCUGAGAUAUCAAGGCAAAGUGCAAGCAGAAAUCAGCUCUCAAGUAAUUCACUUCUAGAGAAGACAUGCGAUUUAAUAAAAAAAUUUCCUGAAUAUGUGGACGUGGUUGUUAGCGUUGCAAGGAAGACUGAUGGCAGACACUGGGCAGAUCUUUUCUCUGCUGCUGGAAGAUCCACCGAGUUGUUCGAAGAAUGCUUCCAGCGAAGAUGGUACAGGACAGCUGCUUGUUAUAUACUGGUCAUUGCAAAGCUUGAAGGCCCUGCAGUGAGUCAGUACUGUGCUCUCCGUUUAUUACAGGCUGCUCUUGAUGAAUCAUUAUAUGAGCUUGCCGGAGAAUUGGUGCGGUUUUUGCUGAGGUCUGGGAGAGAGUAUGAAAAUGCUGCUAUUGACUCUGAUAGACUGUCUCCUAGAUUUCUGGGUUAUUUUCUUUUCCGUUCGCCGUACAGAAGCACAUCGAACAAAGAGCUCAGUCCGCAUGUUGCUUCUGUUAAGAGCAUCUUAGAGAACCAUGCUGGCUACCUAAUGUCUGUAAAAGAACUGUCCAAACUUGUUGCGUUUGUGAAAGGAACUCAAUUUGAUCUUGUGGAAUAUCUUCAACGGGAAAGACUUGGCUCUGCUCGCCUGGACAAUUUUGCAUCUGGGCUUGAAUUGAUUGGGCAAAAGCUUCAAAUGGAUACCCUCCAAAGCCGGCUAGAUGCUGAAUUCCUUCUAGCGCAUAUGUGCUCUGUUAAAUUUAAGGAGUGGAUUGUUGUUCUGGCUACUUUAUUGCGGCGAGCAGAGGUUUUGGUUGAUCUCUUUCGGCAUGACUUGCGAUUAUGGAAGGCAUACAGCAUGACCCUUCAGUCACAUCACGUGUUCAAGGACUACCUCGAUCUUCUUAAUGUCUUGGAAGAGAAGCUCUCUUCUGUUUCGGAUCUCGACAUACACGAUGGACCCUUUCCCUAGGAGUGAUAUCGCUUGCUUUCAUUAAAUGAUGUGUGGCCUGUUGAUAUCUUCCAAACUGAUUGAGGUAAGUGCUUUAACAAAGGUAGAUUCCGAUGGCUCGUGUAUCAUCUAUCUUUUUUGGAAUAUUCUUUUUUGUUUUUUUUAAGAAUGUAAAUAGCAGGGCUCAAGGGGUAUUGUUUGUAUCACUAAAGUAAUUAAAAAUAUUUGGAGGAGCGAGUCACGAACAGCUUAGUUUGAGCGAGCCAAUGAGCAUUCAUAUAAUCAUGGUGUUUUUGUUCAUCUAUUGAUCAUACGAUCGCACUACUACGGUUCCUUUAUUACGUGUUUCUCUGUUUACACUUUUGGUCCUCAAACUAUAAGGCCCGUGAACAUUUUGGUUUUCAGAUUUUAAUUUGUUAUAAUUUCUGAUUAGUACUUUGUAUAUUGUUGUAGUUAAGUCGUACAAUUCAAUUUAAUUGACUAAA